AUGGCAUACACUCUCAUUCAACGAUCAAUCAAUCCUCAUGUGCAAAAGUGGGAAGAGGCCCACGGAUUUCCAGCUCAUACCGUUUUUAAACAAUUGGGAAAUAUGGGAGUGUUAGCUAUUAGUAAGCCUGUGGCAUUUGGAGGGCUUGGCAUGGAUUUCUCUUACUCUAUCGCCGUUGCUGAGGAGUUGGGCUACAUUGACUGCGCAGCGAUUCCGAUGUCUAUCUGUGUGCAGACUCAUAUGGCCACUCCAGCAUUGGCCGAAUUCGGCAGUGACUCUUUGAGAGCUGAGUUCCUCACUCCAUCUAUGACUGGCGACAUGGUGGCGUGCAUUGCUGUUAGCGAACCUGAGGCAGGCAGUGAUGUUGCAGCAAUUCGAACCUACGCUACGAAAGAUGGAUCUGAUCUCAUAAUUACUGGUCACAAA